CUGCCAGUAAAAUGAGUCUCAAUGUGCAGAGAAAGAACAGGGUUUCUGUUCGGAAACGUAAAGCAGCAUCUCCAGAACCCAGCUGUGUUUCUGUGAAGAGUGACGCAUCCAUGGACCGUCCACCUGAAUUCAGUGAUGGAGCAGUGACCUUUGACCCUGAUAGUCCUGCCAGAAAAAUGAGUCUCUGUGGGCAGAGAAAGAAGAGGGUUUCUGUUCGUAAACGUAAUGCAGCAUUUCCUGAACCCAGCUGUGUGUUUAUGAAGAGAUGCAAAUCUUUGCUUCAUAACGCUGAACCUGAAGUGACAACAGAUGUUGAGAUCAGAUCAGUGCCCCGACUGACCUGCACUGACUCAGACUGUCAGAUCCUCAUCAGGCAGAGAGUCAAAGACCAACACAAAACCAGCAUGAAGAAGAAGUAUGAAAGAUUAUUUGAGGGAAUCAAACUAGAAGAGAAUCAAACCCUCCUGAACAGGAUCUACACACAGCUCUACAUCAUAGAGGGAGAGAGUGAAGGAGUGAAUGAAGAACAUGAGGUUUUACAGAUGGAGAAAACACCCAGAACACAACACACUCCAAUCUACUGCAAUGACAUCUUUAAACCCUUAAAUGAACCAGGAUGUGAGGAGAAAGAUGAAAUCAAGACUGUUCUUACUAAAGGCAUCGCUGGAAUUGGAAAAACUGUCUCUGUGCAGAAGUUCAUUCUGUACUGGACCGAGGGAAAAGCCAAUCAGGAUGUAGAUUUCAUGUUUGUGCUUCCAUUUCGAGAGCUGAACUUGAUUAAAGAUCACCAGUACAGUCUUCACAGACUUCUGCUGGACUUUCAUCCUGAACUUCAAGAUCUGGACUCAAAGAUUUAUGAGGACUGUAAAGUUGUGUUCGUCUUUGAUGGUCUGGAUGAAAGCAGAAUUACACUGAUGUUUUCAGAUGAUGAGAAAGUUUGUGAUGUGAAUGAGUUUUCAUCAGUGGGUGUGUUGAUGUCAAACCUCAUCAGAGGAGAGCUGCUUCCCUCUGCUCUCAUCUGGAUCACCUGCAGACCAGCAGCAGCCAAUCAGAUCCCCUCAGAAUACAUCAGCCGUGUGACAGAAAUUCAGGGAUUCAAUGAGCCUCAGAAGGAGGAAUAUUUCAGAAAGAGAAUCAGUGAUGAGCAUCAAGCCAGCAGAAUCAUCCAACACAUUAAAAUAUCAAGAAGCCUCCACAUCAUGUGUCACAUCCCCGUCUUCUGCUGGAUCUCAGCCACUGUGCUUCAAAACCUCCUGAAACAAGAUGACAGUGCAGAAAUACCUCAAACUCUGACUGAAAUGUACAUCCACUUCCUGCUGACUCAGAUUAACAUGAAGAGUCAGAAGUAUGAUGAGAGAGAUCCAGAGAAACCCUUGACGUCCAGCAGAGAUGUGAUUGUGAAACUUGCUGAACUGGCUUUCAAACAGCUGAUGAAGGGCAACGUGAUGUUCUAUGAGGAGGACCUGAUUGAGAGUGGCAUAGAUGUCACUGAUGCCUCAGUGUAUUCUGGGAUUUGCACUGAGAUCUUUAAGGAGGAAUCUGUGAUUCAUCAGAGGAAAGUCUACUGCUUCAUUCAUUUGAGCUUUCAGGAGUUUCUGGCUGCUUUAUAUCUGUUUUACUCCCAUGUAGUCAAGAAUAAGGAAUCACUGAUGUUAUUUCUGAAAGGAAGAUAUGAGUGGUACAGUCUGGAAAACUCUGUGGAUGAACUACUAAUAUCAGCAGUUGAUACAUCCAUACUGAAUGAAAAUGGACAGCUGGAUCUUUUCCUGCGGUUCCUGCUGGGCUUCUCACAUGAGGCCAAUCAAAGACUCUUACAGGAUCUACUGACACACACAGUGAACAGCUCAGAGACAAUCAGAGACACCACACAGAACAUUAAAGACACAAUCAAGGGUCAGAAUACUGAUGAUAUGUUUGACAUCCAUUUGCAAAAACUUCUGGAGCCUGCACCAGAGUCUUUGGAUAUUGAUAUAAACUGUGGACAACAUGCAAACUCCACACAGAAAGACUUGCUGGGUCAAGGAAUCACACACUACAUUAAAAAUGCAAUCAAAGUCGAUGAAGGUCUCUCAGCUGGCAGAUGCAUCAAUCUGUUCCUCUGUCUGCUGGAAAUGAAGGAUCAGACUCUGUACAGAGAGAUUCAGGAGUUUGUGAAAUCAGAGAAACACUCAAAGAAUCAGCUCUCUCCAUCUCAAUGCUCAACAAUCACCUACAUGAUUCAGAUAUCAGAGGAAGUGCUGGAUGAGUUUGAUCUGAAGAGAUACAACACAUCAGAUGAGGGUAGAAGAAGACUGAUACCAGCUGUGGUGAACUGCAGAAAAGCUCUACUUGCAGACUGUAAUCUCACUGAUCAGUGCUGUGAAAUUUUGUCUUCAUCUCUACAAUCAUCAAACUCCUCACUGAGAGAGCUGGACCUGAGUAACAAUGACCUGCAGGAUUCAGGAGUGGAGCUUCUGUCUGAUGGACUGAAGAGUUCACACUGUCAACUCAACAUACUGAGAUUAAUAGACUGUAAUCUCACUGAUGAAUGCUGUGAAAGUUUGUCUUCAUAUCUACAAUCAAACUCACUGAGAGAGCUGGACCUGAGUCACAAUGACCUACAGGAUUCAGGAGUGAAGCUUCUCUCUGAUGGACUGAAGAGUUCACAGUGUCAACUCAGCAUACUGAGAUUAUCUGGUUGUAUGGUGACAGAGGAAGGCUGUUGUUUUCUGGCUUCAGCUCUGAGUUCAAACCCCUCACACCUGAGAGAGCUGGAUCUGAGUUACAAUCAUCCAGGACAAUCAUUAGUCAAGCUGCUCUCUGAUCCAAACUACAGACUGGACAAACUCAAUGUGGAUCAUAAAGGCAAGAUCAGGAUUACAACAGGACCACAGAAAUAUGCAUGUGAUCUCACACUGGAUUCAAACACAGCACACACUCGUCUUUCUCUGUCUGAGAGGAACAGAAAGGUGACACAUUUGAGAGGGAAGCAGCCGUAUCCUGAUCGUCCAGAGAGAUUUGAUGAAUACCGUCAGGUUCUGUGUGAAGAGAGUCUGUCUGGACGCUGUUACUGGGAGGCUGAAUGGAGCGGAUAUAGGGCUGAUAUAUCUGUGACGUAUAAAGGAAUCAGCAGGAAAGGAAAAAGUAAUGACUGUUUGUUUGGAUGCAAUGAAAAGUCCUGGAGUUUAACCUGGUUUAAUGACAGAUACUCUGUCAGUUACAAUAAUAAGAGCACAUUCACAUAUGCCCCUUCACGUCGCUCUAACAGAGUAGGAGUGUAUCUGGACUGGUCGGCCGGCACUCUGUCCUUCUACAGCGUCUCUGACACACACACACUCACACACUUACACACAUUCAACACCACAUUCACUGAACCCCUCUAUGCUGGAUUUAGAUUUUAUUAUUCUGGUAGUUCAGUGUCUCUGUGUGAAAAACAUCUUCCUGCGAGAAACAACUGAGAAUUGUUGGCCUUCUGGAAAGUAUGUUUAUUUACUGUACAUGUACUCAGUACUUGGU